AUGAAAAUAUCUAAAAUAACACAAAAUACCAAAAUUAUAGAUCUUAUAAUUAUGUCAAAAGUUAUUUUAUGUAAUAAAGCUACCCAUUUAGAAAUCUAUGACUUUAAUCUCAGUUUACUAAGCACAUUAAAUUUAUCAUUUUUUGUUAAAAAAAUUAUUAAAUUUACUGAGGAUAUUUUAAUUUUUGUAGGCAGUUGUAAAUAUGAGAUUAUAGUUUUAGAGUGUGAUAUAAAUAACAAUUUUUUUAAUUUAGUGCGUAUAGGAGGACAAAAUGAAGACUUGGUUGAUUUUACUAAAUAUCAUGUUUGGUCAAAUAUUAUUGUUCUAUAUGACUAUAAAACAUUUUUUGUAUAUUAUUUUUGUAAAGAUAAACUUGUUCAAGAAUGUAUACCCAAUGAUAUUGAUUUUUUUAAACUUUUACAUUUUGAUUUUUGUGGAAAUAUUUUAAAUGUAGUUGCUAGGGAUAUUGAAGAUACGACUUAUGUACUUAAGUACAAUAAUAAGCUUGUUUUGACCAAAAAACUUAAAAAACCUUGCACAUCAAUAUUUUCAUUUUGUCAAGGUACUUUAUUUAUAGGUGACGGAAUUAUUUGGUAUGAAAUUAAUAAUAAGAAAGUAUCAGAAUCUGAAUUUGGAAACACAAAGGUUAAGAGUUAUGCAGUUUUGUCUUCAUGCUUGAUUUUAAGUAUGUGGGAUGACGAAUUAAUUAAAAUAAAUAUUUGCGAGGACCUCGCUAUACAUGUGAAGGUAUAUAAAAUGAACAGUUUUGAUGAAUUGCAUAAAGUAAAAAAUUAUUUAUUGGGUCAUACAAGAUGCGGGGUGUGUUAUUUAUUUACAUUUAUCAAUAAUGACCUUAAAAUUAUACAAAGUAUUGAUUCUGUUAGUAAUUUAUCUAAGAGUUUUUACAAUGAUAAAAAAUUGUAUUUUUAUAAUAACAAGUUUAAAAGUAUUCUAAGUAACUUCCAACAUUGUGAACUUAUUAAAUACACUACAAUUUCAAAUUUAAGAGAUUUUUAUAUAUUUCAAGAUAUAUUUAUUGCGGUGAAAGAAGAUGCUACAGAGUUUUAUAAUUUUAGUCUUAAAAACUCUUCUUUUGAUUUAUGUUCUGAUUUAAAGCCUUUAAAUUUUAAUGUACAAGGAUUUUAUGAAUUUGAUAAUAGUCUUUUUUUUUAUUCUAAGAAAAAAAUUAUAAGAUUAACUCAAAAAAAAUUGAAAACAUAUGAAUUUACAGAAGAAAUUCUUUUUUGUUCUUUUUUUGAAGACAAUUUUGUUUGUUAUACUAGCUGUGGUAAAAUAAAAACCAAAAAUUUUAUAAAAGAAUGUUUAGAAGUUUCAUGCAUUUUAUUGUACAAUAAUUUAAUAUAUUUCAGUACAUAUAAUGACGAAUUUUUUACUUUUGAUUUAUCGUUAAACGAAAUAUCUAGAGUAAAGCAAUUUGCUUUUCGCAUGGGGAUUGUUAUAAAUAAUUUAUUAUGUUUUAUUGACAUGAAUAAUGUUUUAUUUUUAUAUUCGGUGCAAAAUUGUAAUUUUACUAGAAUUGGGCAAUUUGAUGAAAUAUAUAAGAUGGUCUGUACAAAUAACCUGUUCUUAAUAGGAAAAUAUACUGUAAUGUGUAAUGAAUCUUUUUCAGAAAAAACAACAUUAGAUAUUAAGAAUAUACAAGCUAUUCAUUUUUACAAAAAUAAUUACUACGUUUUCUUAAAGGAUACCGUAUUUAUUGUUAAAUUUACAAUUUCAACAUAUAAAUAUCAACAUGAUAAAAAUAUUUUUCAAUUUGUGCAUAAAGAAGGGUCAAAGAUAUGUAGUAUUGAUUACAACGGAACGUUUAAAUAUAAGAAAAUUAAUAAGAAAUCUUGUGUGCAGAAAAUGCUGGAUAAUACAAAUAUUUUAUCAGGAGAGUAUAAAAAUAAGGUAUACACUUUUCUUACUGAUGAAAAAAUGUUUAGAUUUAAUACUAGAACAAAAAAUUUGACACAAGAAUCUUGCAAUAACAAUCUAAUAGCAUUUAGUGGGGGCAUUAAAGUGAGUUACAAUGAAUUAUUUGUUGAUAAAAAAAUUAUUAAAUACGAUAAGGGAGCUAUAAAAAAUGUUUGUAUAAAGGAGGAUAAAAUUUUAAUAGUAGAUUUUUUUUACGGUGCAUAUUUAUAUGAUAUUAACAACGGAUGGACUAGUCUAAUUAAUAAAGGAAUAGAUUGCUAUGAAAAUAAAAGACAAAAGUUACAGGAUUAUAGAAAACUUAUUAAAAAAAAAUAUUAUUUAAGCUAUAUUUGGAAAGAUUAUUAUUUACUGUCGGAUGAUGAGAAUAUUAUAGCAAUAAAUAGUAAAUCUGGAGUUAUAUGUUCAUUUAAGAUUAAUGAAAAAGUUGUGUGUUUUUCUGAGGAUUCUUUAGAAGUAAAUGCUUCCGUAUUGUAUUGUGUAACGGAAGGGAAUUGUGUAUGGAAAAUUGAACAAGUAUGA